AUGAUUACAGAGACAGCCCUGCUACCUGAUACUUCCGCUUUGCAGCGCAAUCAGGACCUUAUGAGGGAAUUUGAGAAGGCACUCGAGAUAAAUCCAGCACUCAAUCAAAAAACCGUCAAGGAGCUCCAGGACGCCCUUAGCAAUGAUCCAGAGGUGGACUUGCUUUCGAUUUUCCCCCUAAACUAUGCUCGUCGUCGGCGAUUCGUAAGCCAAACCAGCGAGAAAAUAGUAAAGCCUGAUAUAAUGGAAUAA